AACAAAAAAUAUGCCAAAAACAAAAUUUCGACCAUGUAUAGAUUUACAUAACGGACAAGUUAAACAAAUUGUAGGUGGUUCCUUAAAUGAAUCAAAUCCUUCGGGACUUAAAACAAAUUUUGUGUCAAGUGAAAAACCGAGUUAUUAUGCUAACUUAUAUAAGCAAUAUAAUUUAACCGGGGCUCAUGUAAUCAAACUUGGGCAUGGAAAUGAUGAAGCGGCAAAAGAAUGUUUGGCGGCUUGGCCCGGCGGUUUACAAAUUGGUGGAGGCAUUACUUUAGAAAACGCGGAAGAAUGGUUAAAUGCUAGUGCUGAAAAGAUAAUUGUUACAUCGUAUCUCUUUCCUGAUGCUAAAUUUUCCUUAAGUAGAUUACAAGAUUUAUCAGCAAAAAUUGGAAAAGAAAAGAUUGUUGUUGACAUCAGUUGUCGUAAAAAAAACAAUAAAUGGAUUAUUGCAAUGAAUAAAUGGCAAACUUUGACUGAUAUGGAAGUAAAUGAAGAAUCCUUAGAACUAUUAUCAAAUUAUUGCAGUGAAUUUUUGAUACAUGCUGCAGAUGUAGAAGGUUUAUGCCAAGGAAUUGAUAGUGAACUUGUAGAAUAUCUUGGAAAGUGGAUUACUAUACCAACUACAUAUGCAGGUGGUGCAAAUUCUAUUGAAGACCUUGAAAUGGUUAAUCAACUAUCAAAUGGAAAAAUUGAUUUAACAUUUGGAAGUGCAUUAGAUAUUUUUGGAGGAACAAAAGUGAAAUUUCAAGAUUGUAUUUUAUGGAAUCAACAAAUAUAAAUAUAUUUAUAU